AUGAAUAAUGGCUUCAAUCAAUUUAAGGAUAAAAAGGAAAAUGGUGUUCUUAAAAAAUCGGAUAAAGAUCAAAAGAUAAGCACUUUAAUUUCUGAAGUGAACGCUUUAAAAGUAAACUCAGCGAAAAAACGAUCGGAGGAAAAAAUAAAAGCUUCAAUAGAAAUCGCCAACUUGUAUGAAGAAAAUUAUAAAUUGUCCGCCACAGUAGAAGCUUUAAGUCGAAGUUUAAACAAAAGGCUUUGUCAGAAUGUCACUCUUAAGGAAGAGAAUGAACGGUAUAAAAAUGAAAAAGAAAGACUUUACUUUCUCUUAAAAUAUCGAGUUACACAGAACGAUUAUCCUUUUAAAAACACGUCCUCAGAAAUAAUGACAAUCGUCGACAGAAUAAAUUGUGAUGUAAGAAAUGUUUGUGAAUUUGGAUUGAAUUCGGUAGAAAUUGCUUUACGAAAUUUGAAAAACUUGAAUAUAAAAACAGUUUUGAAUCGGAAAGAAUCGGUGUCGAAUCUACAGGAAACAGUUUCAAAUCUAAACGAACAAGUUUCUCCACAGGAACAUUUAAAUCCCCAGAAAUCUGAUUCAAAUCAUCGAAUCGUAACGAAAGUAGAAGAAAAAGAAAUUAAAUUAAUUGAGUGUAUCGUCGAUAAUUCGAAAAGAAAAAAGCAAAAGUGGAUGAUGAAUAAAUCUUUAUCGAGAAUUCCAGUUCCAUUGUCAAAUGCUUCUAAAGGAUUAAGGAGGAGAGAAGAAAAAAGCGAGUCUCAAGCUCUGAAAAAGGAUUUCAAGAUUGACCAAGUGUCAAAUAUAAAUUGCAGAAAUAAAAACUCUGGCAGAUCAUUAUCUGUGGAUCGAGCAGUUUUUUCAUCAUCUUGUCAAGAAUUAAAAGAAAUGAGCGCAAUGAAAAUAAAUGAGAGAGGAUCAAAAAUUCCCGUGCGAAAGAGAAAAAUUGAUAAAAUAAUAAAAGUCGAGAAAAAGAAUUCCAAUCGGAUUAAAAAUGUGAAUUUAAAUCCUAAAACUCUGAUUGAUUUCAAGUUAGAAACUUUAAAUGCAGAAGAAGAGGAGAAUAGAAAAUUGGAGAAAUCGGCUUUGGAAAUGAAAAAUAGUAAUCAUGUUAAAAACGAGGGGCUUGAAAAAAGAAAUCAAGAAAUUGAAUUACAGGAAAUAGAGGAAGAAAAUAGAAAAAUUGAAAAAGAAAAAAUCGAUGAUUUUAAAGAUCCUAAAGAUUGUUUUGGGGAAGAAAGGCUCGAGGAUAAAGUGAGGGAUCAAUUAAGUGAAAGUUUACUAAAAAGAACGAAGGGCUCUGCUCAAAUACUGAAAAGGUUUAGUAAAAUAAUUAGAGGAACGGAUCCCACAAUUUCGGAGGAGUCAAUUACGAAAAUUCGAUUAGAAAAUCAAGGCAAAAAUGUUGAACGAGAAAGUCAAACUACAACUGUUCGAGGAUCAUCAUUUAGCGAAGAAAAUUUUAUCUCUAAAUUUAGAAGUGGAAAAAGGAGAAAAAAUCACAAAAAACAACAAAUAUCGGAGAGGAGGGAGUGUUCUAGUAAAAUAACAAAACUGAACAUUGAAACUAUUAGAACCGUCGUGGAUUUGUUACUGAAAUCGGAAAUUAAUCAGAGGAAGAAAUUAAUAAUAGUCGAGGGAAAGAAAAAGUUGAUGAAAAUUUGUGAGGAGAGUGAUAAAAACGGUAGAAUGGAAUAUUUUAAUGAUGAGAUUGUUCCUGCAUUUGAAGGAAAGUCGACAAAUUCCGAAGGUGACAGUGAAAUGACUUCGAAGUCAAGAGAUGAACUUCAAUAUCAUUAUGAUCGUCAGGAUAAUAUAAAUUAUAAUCCUUAUGAUCGUCAGGAUGAUAAUUAUAAUCAUUAUGAUCAUCAGGAUGAUCAUUAUAAUCAUCAUCAGAAUAAUCAUCACCAUCAGGAUGAUCAUUAUAAUCAUUAUCAUCAUCAGGAUGAUAAUUAUAAUCAUUAUGAUCACUACAAUCAUCAUGGUCGUCAUAAUCAUCAAGAUCAUCAUCAUAAUCAUUUUGAUCAUCCAUAUAAUAAUGAUGAUCAUCAUAAUCAUCAUUUGCCGAACAAAAUUGUGCAGAAAGAAAACAAUUUCCGUGGAAGUUUAAAAGAAAACAGUCAAGUUGAAAUGAAAUCCCGGUUAAAUUCAAUUUUUCCAGAAAGUCAAGGAAAUUUUGAGACAUUUGAAAUGUUAUCUGGAAAUUGUUCUUUAUUUAACUCGAGGAAUAUGAAUAGAGCUUCCUGGAUUUCACAAGUAGGUACAAGAUCACGUCAAUCAAAUGGCGGAAAAGAAGAAAUGCAGGAGCAACAUCAGCAGUUGAGCAAUAAAAUGUCUCGCACAAAGGAAACGAAAAAUAAAAUAAAUCAAAUUGAAAAUUGUGUUGGAAAUUCGAGUCUAGUGAAUAAAUUGAGAAGUGAGGAAUUUAUUCGAGGUAUUGAACAGGAGCAGCAGCAGCAGAAGCAGCAAUCGUCAGAAUCAAGUGAGAGGAGAGUUUCCGAUUGCAAGGCACAUUUGGAAGAUUUCGAUUCCAGGAAAUUUACUCAAAUGAGCAACGACAGUGGUACGUGGGAAAAUUUAUGA